AUGUCUUUCAACGAAACUGCUUGCGCCCUCGAGAACCUUCAGCUCAAAGCAGGCAGCGUCGAGCCCGCCGAGGCGUCCGACGGCAAGCUCUGCUUCGCCAUCGAAUGGGACGACAGCAUCGUCCACCCACACCCGCCCAUUGCGCGCGAGCUGCGCGAAGUCAAAGAAAGACCCCUUACCGCAGGUCGAAAUGCCAUCGAUUGGGUCCCCAACGACCGCCCCCGCUGCUGCGACAUCAUUGGACGCGUCAACAGCGCCGACUGUGGCGAGGAAAUUAAGCGCAGUUGCGACAAAGGGGGCGAGUCGGUCAUACUUAGCCUCGUGGCCGACGGCAACGAGCCCAAGCACCUGUCGACGUUCAACUCGCGACUGGGAAGUUGA